CUCAAUGCAUUGUGUUCAGUUCAUAGAUAAGUGGACAAAAUUAUACAAUGCCAUAUUUGGGGUAUGGACUGACUUGACAUCGGUCAGUUAUCAGUAUUCGUGGGCGGGUCCGGCAGUUGAGAAAUUAUCUUUUACAAACUCGUUGGCUCUUACACCCCAAAUAAACAAGCUCUCGGGAACGUUGUCGAUUUAUAGGGUUCUUUGGGGCAUAACUAUCUGUUUGUUCGCAAUGGUGAUACAACUAUUUUCCAGUCUGAUGCCAUAGCAUAUUACAGGUGCAAAAACAAGGA